AUGUCUUUCCAUAAGAAGUACUUGGCCUGCAAGCUGGAGAAAAAACGUCAGAGCCUCAGUGAGGCCCAGAGCCUAGAGGAUGAGCAGUUUUACCGGGCUGACCAGGAGAUGCCCACAUCUGCCUGUGCCUCCUCCUCUCCCAGGGCAUUCGGCUCCUUCAAUGUCUCCACUCCAGCAUCCCCCUCUAUCCUGUAUCCAGGCACCCUGGAAGAAGACGUUGCUGCUGGGAUACCUUAUGAUCCCCAGAAACCUUCAAGGGCUUUACUCUCCUCCAGAACCAUGGCUGACAGUCCACAGAGCCAACUGGAGGAGAGUGAUAGCAGUGAAGAAGAGGGGCCAAGAAGUCACCAGGAGUUAGGGAAAAAGAAGUAUUCCCUCAUAGAAGAAGCAUUGUUUGGGAAAAUGGCAGACCUGGUGGGGUUCCUGCUCUUCAAGUACCGCAGUAAGGAACCAACCAGUGAGGCAGAAAUUCAGAGUCAAGUGCUCACAAGUUACAAGGACUACUUCCCUAUUAUCUUCAGCCAGGCCUCUGAGUGCCUGCAGCUGAUCUUCGGCAUUGAGGUGCAGGAGGCUGACCCCCAAGGUCACUCUUAUGUCCUGGUCACCAACUUGGACUUCAUCUCUGAUGCCAUGGGGAAUCCUGAGCAGGACAUGCCCAAGACCGGUCUGCUGAUGAUGGUUCUGGCUAUCAUCCUCCUGGAGGGUGAUUGUUCCUCUGAGGAAAAUGUCUGGGAAUCCCUUACCUUAUUGGGGGUACAACCUGGGAAGGAGCAUUUCAUCUAUGGUGAGCCCAGGGAGCUCCUCACCAAGGUGUGGGUUCAGGAGCAGUACCUGGAGUACCGCCAGGUGCCUGGCAGCCACCCUGUCCGCUACAUGUUCCUGUGGGGCCCCAGGGCCCAUGCUCAAACCAGCAAGAGUAAAAUCUUGGAGCUUUGGGUCAAGCUCACUAGCAUGGAUCCCCGAUGCUUCCUUGCUCUGUGGGACAUGAACGAGGAGACGACCUAG